AACGCGCUUAGCGCUCCCCCCUGCUUGUUUUUUUUUUCUCCCCCUUCCCUCCCCCCUGCAACAAGAUGGCUGUCGUUCCAGAAAGCAGGGUUCUCACGUUCAGCGUUUUCAAAUGGAGCUCUUACUCUUCCACGUAUUUACCCGAGAACAUUUUGGUGGACAAACCUAAUGAUCAGUCAUCCAGGUGGUCAUCUGAGAGCAACUACCCUCCACAGUUUUUAAUCUUGAAACUGGAGAGGCCAGCGAUUGUUCAGAGCAUCACCUUCGGCAAAUAUGAGAAAACCCACGUCUGCAACCUGAAGAAGUUCAAGGUGUUCGGUGGCAUGAGCGAAGAAAACAUGACCGAGCUUUUGUCCAGUGGCCUUAAGAACGAUUACAACAAGGAAACGUUCACCUCAAAGCACAAGAUUGACGAGCAGAUGUUUCCCUGCAGAUUUGUCAAAAUAGUGCCUCUGAUGUCGUGGGGUCCGAGUUUUAACUUCAGCAUCUGGUACAUUGAGCUGCACGGGAUCGAGGAUCCAGAUGUUGUGCAGCCCUGCCUUAAUUGGUACAGCAAGUACAGAGAACAGGAAGCCAUCCGCCUUUGCCUGAAACACUUUCGUCAGCACAACUACACGGAGGCCUUCGAGUCACUGCAGAAGAAGACGCGCAUAGCGCUCGAACACCCCAUGCUCACCCACCUGCACGACCGGCUGGUGCUGCAAGGCGAUUUCGACGCCUGCGAAGACCUCAUCGACAAAGCCGUUCGAGACGGUUUGUUUAACCAGUAUAUCAGCCAGCAGGAGUACAAGCCCAGGUGGAGUCAGAUCAUCCCUAAAUGCAACAAAGGUACAAGCGCCCAAGAAAUCAACAGGGACGACGUGAACAGCGAUGGUGACGACAACAGGCCGGGGAUGAGGGGAGGCCAUCAAAUGGUCAUCGACGUUCAGACUGAGACUGUGUACCUGUUCGGGGGCUGGGAUGGCACGCAGGACCUUGCUGACUUCUGGGCUUACAGCGUUCAGGAGAACCAGUGGGUCUGCAUCUCUCGGGACACAGAGAAAGAGAGCGGCCCAAGCGCUCGUUCCUGCCACAAGAUGUGCAUCGACUCCCAGAGGCGCCAGAUCUACACGCUGGGCCGCUACUUGGACUCCAGCGUCAGGAACAGCAAGUCCCUGAAGAGCGACUUCUACCGCUACGACAUUGACGUCAACACGUGGGCGCUGCUUAGCGAGGACACGGCGGCCGACGGGGGGCCCAAGCUGGUGUUCGACCAUCAGAUGUGCAUGGACUCGGAGAAGCAUAUGAUCUACACGUUUGGCGGCCGGAUACUGACGUGCAACGGCAGCGUGGAGGACAGCCGCACGUCCGAGCCUCAGUUCAGCGGCCUUUACGCCUACCAAUGCCAAGCGGCCACCUGGAGCCUCCUGCGGGAAGAUUCGUGCAACGCCGGCCCGGAGGACAUCCAGUCGCGUAUCGGACACUGCAUGCUCUUUCACACCAGAAACCGCUGUCUGUACGUAUUUGGGGGUCAGAGAUCUAAGACCUACCUCAAUGAUUUCUUCAGCUACGACGUGGACGGAGACCACGUGGAGAUUAUAUCUGAUGGCACCAAGAAGGACUCGGGCAUGGUACCAAUGACAGGCUUCACCCAGAGGGCCACCAUCGACCCUGAGCUCAACGAGAUCCACGUCCUGUCGGGCCUCAGCAAGGACAAAGAUAAACGCGAGGAGAACGUCCGCAACUCCUUCUGGAUCUAUGACAUCGCCCGCAACAACUGGUCGUGUGUGUAUAAGAACGACCAGGCAGUGAAGGAAAACCCCAGCAAGGUCCUGCAGGAGGAGGAGCCGUGUCCGCGCUUUGCUCACCAGCUGGUCUACGACGAGAUGCACAAGGUGCAUUAUCUGUUUGGCGGCAAUCCAGGCAAGUCUUGCUCUCCCAAAAUGCGUCUGGAUGACUUUUGGUCCUUGAAACUGUGUCGGCCCUCCAAGGAGUACCUGCUGCGCCACUGCAGAUAUCUCAUCAGGAAGUACAGGUUUGAAGAAAAAGCCCAAUCGGAGCCGCUGAGCGCACUCAAAUACCUACAGGAUGACCUCUCGCUCACUGUGGACCACACAGACCCCGAGGAGACCAAAGAGUUCCAGCUUCUGCCCUCAGCUCUGUUCAAGUCCAGUAAUGACUUCAUCCCCCUGGGUUUCUCAGACGUGGACCAGACGUACGCCCAGCGCACUCAGCUCUUCGACACUCUGGUCAACUUCUUCCCCGACAGCAUGACGCCGCCCAAGGGCAACCUGGUGGACCUCAUUACGCUUUAGCCCACCCGCUGCCCCCUCCCCUCCCCUGCCUUGCAACACGCCACGACCUCGCCCGCUGGACACAAAUGCAAAAGACACAGGAGGACGAGGGACCGACCACACACCAGGUACUUUCUAUUUCUAAUAUCUUGUCCCUUUUACGUCACAAUCUGCUGCUGCCACCCUGAAACUGAGACACGUCAAGCCAACACUGUGUUACACUAGAAUGGAAUAGUGUGUGUGCGCGUGUGUGUGUAGUGAUGACCAACUGUCAAUUUUUUGUUUUUCCUCUCGCCUCGGUCAUUUGCAUCCAGACUUUGGGUUAACCAUGUUCCAACUUGCCUCUCUUUGAGUUUCAGUUUUGAACGACUCGGUAGAACAUGGUUUGUGCAAUCAGAGGCCUCUGCCAUGUCUACUAAGAGGCAGUAGAUGGCGAUGAAGGGCCAAUCUGAUGACGAGUAAAAUAGUUAGGCUCAAUUUUUUUUUAUGUAUGCCGCCUAUCAUGAGUCCACUGAUUAUUUCUUUUCUUUCUUCCUAAAAGGAUUAGUCUAGCUGUAGCUAUAGAUUUUUAGUCAUAGUGUUAUGGUAUGCUGGAUACCAUCUUAUUAGUUUUGGUUGCUCUCGAAUGGAAAUAACCGUCAUUCAAUUCAAAAAUUGAAAGAUUUAUUUCUCUUAAGGAUGACGCAAUUCUGACUAGUUGAACCACGGCAUUAGAAGGACGGGCACAAAUUAAAAUCACGAUUAUAUUUUUAUUUGCAAGUGUCAAAAAAAAAGUCUCAAUAAUAUAACUGCUGCAUUAAUGUGUGUGUGUGUGUGCGCGUGUGUGUUAGCCGCAUUAGCAUCGGCGUCUCGGUUGCGUUCGCGUUGAAAUGAUCUGGUAAAAAGCAGGUAUGCAAUACAAACGUGCAAUCUUGUGUUUUUGUUGAAUCGUAGCACAGAAAAGCACUGAAUGAAUUAACGGUAAUGUUCAUUGAUUUCUGGGGGGGAUUAAUGUGACUCGGUUAGGGAACAUGUGCAAAGAUGGCCAAUUUCCGCGGUUUUACCUUAUUUUUGGAUCGAAAAAAAAAAGACGUGGCCAUUGUUUACACAUUUUUUAAUCAACUAUGCCCUUUGUUAUUGAUGUACAUGCAUUUAGUCUCUCAGCAUUGUAGCAAAAACAAUUUGGAAAAAGAAAAUCGUCACGAUACAAUAAUUGUUUGUCAUUUUUGCCUCAAAUAUAUAUUUAGUGGAAAUUUAUAGCAGAUUAAAGAUUUGUAAAUGAAUUAAGCAUAAUUAAAAAAUAAAUUCUGUCAAUGUUUUGACUUUUCUCCUCACUCCAAAAAUCCCCCCCCCCCCCCAAUAUUUAGACUUUUUCUUGUAAUUUUCUGACUCGUCAUUGCAUACUCCAGUGUGGCCAUUCUAAAAAUGGCAUUUGUUUACCGUACUGACGGCUUGUCGUCAUUAUCGCAAGUAGGGGAAGCCGGUGGUUCCACCAUAAGCUUCUUUUACUGGUUUUCACUGGUCAAAUUUUGUGUUGGAAUAGGCUGUGUGUGUUGCCGUGUGUCUGAGAAGGGGGGGGGGGGGGGGGAAUCAAAAGCACCUUUUCUUUGAAAGCGAUGCCAAAUAUUAUUGUUUAAUUUCCUCCUCGCUGAACCACACGAUCAUCCAUCUCGAACCCUGAGUGGAACCGGGUAGUUCCAAGCGCGGUACUGUCCGAUCUCUGUGGAAUGUGUAGAAAGCCUUGUAGUAUUGCAUUGUAUGUAAUGUAAAUAAUGAAUAAAGAUUGUAUUUUGUUCAGGUUUUCAUAUA